GAUGACCUCCAAGGUCCCUUCCAGCUCUGUUAUUUUAACUGCAGGCCAUUCUUGGUUCUGCGCGUCAAUAAACCUCCUUUCCUAAACAGCCUCCAUUUUAUUCCCUUCUUGGAACUGGACCCGUUUUUCCUUCCGACACUUAUCAGGGGAUAAAAUAGAAACCCACGACUGGAAGGUGCAACUGAAGCGGUUUAAUGUGGAGGAAACAUGCAGCUGAUGUCCAAAUGAAGAGGGAGACACGGACACAAACUUGUAGUUUUAUAUCAAUAUAAAUGUAUUUAACAUUCGCAGCAGAGAAGACAGUCAGGAGCAUCCUGAGGUAAAUCUCAACCAGCGCACAGAAGAAAAAGGCGGGAAACAAGGGAAACGCCCCCUUUCCACCCAUAGCAACCAAUCAGAGCGCAGAUCCUCUCAGGCGGAGCCCGCCCUCACUCAGCCACAACGGGGUCUUUGGGAUCUUUGUGCACUUUCCUUCUCCAGCCGUUAAAUUGGAUAUCUUCACAUUUAAAGAGUUCGAAAGAAACAUCUAAAAUGACUUUGAUUUUGUCCAUUACGUCGAAUUCUCAGUCUGGAAUAUUUUUAAUCUUCAUUCCGAUAAAAAGAAGUCAACGUCUUUGUUUUUUUUUUAAUACCUCAGACUUUUCUUUGCGUUUUGUAUAAUAAAUAAAUAAGAUCUUCAGACUCCAGAAAGAGUACAAAGAAGAGCAACAAAGAUGGAGGCUAAAACAUAUUAAAAAACGGUUGCUGGAACUGGGUAUGCAGAGAAGGACGAGGAGGGACAUAAUGGCAUAUUCUGAUAUCUCAGGGGCUGCCAGAAAGAAGAAUUAUUUCCUUUCCUAUUAUCUCUAUACUAUAAAUAAAUAUGAAGGAGACCUAAUGAAAGAGGUGGAGGUGGAGUUGCGCUGUAUAGAAAAAAUAACCAAAGCACUCUAGAAACGCAACAGAAGAAAGACGAAAACCUCCUUCAAUGCAUUUGGGUUAAUAUAAAAGAUGAAAAAGGCGUCGAAGCUUUGUCUGAAAUGGAGCCUUUCUUCCUCCUACUGCCAAGGCCAUCAUCCAAUUCUGGCACUUUGCCCCAAAUCCUCCAGGGGGCGCUCUCUGCCAAAGGAAGAGAACUCCAGGAGCUUCCCCAUUGGCCCACUGGAGGGCGAACGUCACGGCUGGCUUUCCACAGGAGGCGGCGAAGGAAGUGACAUCACUGAGCCUUGCCGCUCUAGGACACCGCACUCUCUCUCCUUAACCGUUGGGGCUCCGCUGGAGGCACAGAGGCUGCGGGAGAAUCUGGUGGGUGGACAUCCAGACGUGCCUCGGAUACAGAAACUGAAAGCCAUUUGUGGUUUUUGCAAGACAUUUUUUUUUCUUGGUGGGAAAAAGAGCUGAAUAACUUGCAGGGAUCCGUCCCAGAAAUGGUCCCGUGAAGGAAAAGGCAUCUGGAGACCCACCAGAGCCCUUGGAUCCAUCUGGAGUUGCUCUGCAGGACAGAGAAAGGAUGGAGACACAACCUUUUGCCAAGGAGGGAAGCGGAAAAGGCCCUUCAGCUGCUCAGCCUGGGAAGGGAGGGGAACUCUGGAGAAAAACUGGGCAGAAGAUCCUGGAGGAGGAAACCAUCCUCCCUUCCGAAGUUCAGCCUGGGAACUUCAUUCAAUACCGGGAGAUUGAGGGUCCCCGAAGACUUUGCAGCCGACUCCACGCCUUUUGCAGGUGGUGGCUGAGGCCAGAAAAGCACACCAAAGCCCAGAUGCUGGACCUAGUGGUUCUGGAGCAGCUCCUGGGUCUCCUGCCUCCGGAGAUGGAGAGCUGGAUUCGGGAGUGUGGAGCAGAGACCAGCUCCCAGGCGGUGGCCCUGGCAGAAGGCUUCCUCCUGAGCCAGGCAGAGGAGCAGAAGGAGCAGGUCCAGUUGCAGUGCUGCAGUGUGAAGAUCAGAGAUCCUGAGGAAAAGAAGAACCCAUCAAAUCCCGCCCAGGAACUAUUUUUCAGGAGGAUCCCUUGGGAAAGUCAAAGUCAAGACAACUCAGGAGACAAACGAAGAAUGAAACUUUCUGGUUUUUAUGAUGGAGAUCAAACAGUGGUUGGACCUCUAAAUCAAGAGAGUCUUGUGUCCUUCGAGGAGGUGGCUGUGUAUUUUUCUGAGGAGGAAUGGUCUCAGCUGGAUCCUGACCAGAAAGCGCUGCAUUCGAAAGUCAUGCUUGAAAAUCAUAGGAACAUGGUCUCUCUGGGUAAUAAUGGGCAGGAGAAUCAAGAUUCCUGGGAACUGUUCCAAGUUAUCAGUGCUAAAGAUGGAACGGAGAAGUUUGGGAUUCAAAUGGAAUUUGAAAGCCAUGAGAGAAACCAGUCAAAGAUUUGGAAUCAGGACAGCUCAUCUUCCUCUGAUGCUCCAAUGCAAGACUUUCUUGCCCAACAAGAGAAAAUAAGGAAAAAAAAUAUUGGGGAAAGUGUGAAGGUAAUCAAAGCUGAAUUGCAUGUGAAUGAACAUUAUUUAACCCAAAACAAAGGAGAAGAUGCUAUAAGAAGACACAACGGACAAAAUUACAAUGAAACAUUCGUUCCUUCUCUUGGAAAUAACUUCCUUACAUCUCAAGAAGCGAUUGACACAAAAGAGAAGCCUUAUAAAUGUUUGGAAUGUGGAAAAUGUUUUAGAACAAGAUGGCAUCUUACUUCCCAUGAAAGGAUUCACACUGGGGAGAAGCUCUACAAAUGCAUGGAGUGUGGAAAGACCUUUGCUCAUAACAAUACACUUACUAUCCAUAAAAGGAUCCACACAGGGGAGAAACCAUAUAAAUGCAUGGAGUGUGGAAAGACCUUUGCUCAAAGAAAUCAUCUUAUUUCCCAUAAGAUGAUGCAUACAGGGGAGAGGCCGUAUAUAUGCAAGGAGUGUGGAAAGACAUUUACUCAGAGCAGUGGACUUAGAAGCCACAAAAAGCUCCACACAGGAGAGAAACCAUUUAAAUGCAUGGAGUGUGGAAAGACCUUUGCUGUGAAAAGUACACUUACUAUGCACAUAAAGAUCCACAAUGGGGAAAAGCCAUUUAAAUGCAUGGAGUGUGGAAAGACCUUUGGUCAAAGAGGUCAUCUUAUUUCCCAUAAGAUGGUCCACACAGGGGAGAAACCGUAUAAAUGCAUGGAGUGUGGAAAGACGUUUACUCGGAGCAGUAGAUUUAGAAGCCACCAAAAUAUCCACUUGGGGCUUCCUGUUGACAUUGCCGCACUAUUGGACACGAAAACAGGGGUUCGUGAACUUGCGCCAAAUCCCUUCAUUGGAGGGCCCUAUAAGGGGCUAAAGUCAUCCUAUAGGGGUGAUGAAGAGUGGCGGAGUGGCCUGCAGGUCGUGGACAGCCGUGGCUCUCCUGCUUUAUCCAGGGCUAAUUUCCUCUCAUCCCACUAUGAGGAGGAGAGGCAGCCAUUAUGGCUGCCAGGGAAGCAGGAGAAGCGGGCUUGCCGGGAAGGCGGCGGGGAUCCAGGGAAGAGCCCUAGGAUCCGUCCCAGAAAUGGUCCUGUGAAGGAAAAGGCAUCUGGAGACCCACCAGACUCCUUGGACCCAUUUGGAGUUGCUCUGCAGGACAGAGAAAGGAUGGAGACGCAACCUUUUGCCAAGGAGGGAAGUGGAAAAGGCCCUUCAGCUGUUCAGCCUGGGAAGGGGGAGAAGCUCUGGAGAAGGACUGGGCAGAACAUCCUGGAGGAGGAAACCAUCCUACCUUCAAAAGUUCAGCCUGGGAACUUCAUCCAAUAUCGGGAGGCUGAAGGUCCCCGAGGUCUUUGCAGCCGACUACAUGACAUUUGCAGGCGAUGGCUGAGACCAGAAAAACGCACCAAAGCCCAGAUGCUGGACCUGGUGGUUCUGGAGCAUCUCCUGUUCCUGCUGCCCCCAGAGAUAGAGGGCUGGGUGCGGGAGUGUGGAGCAGAGAGCAGCUCCCAGGCGGUGGCCCUGGCUGAAGGCUUCCUCCUGAGCCAGGCGGAGGAGCAGAAGGAGCAGGUCCAGUUGCAGUGCUGCACUGUGGAGAUCAGAGAUCCUGAGGGAGAGAAGAACCCAUCAAAUCCCCCUCAGGAGCUAUUUUUCAGGAGGAUCCCUUGGGAAGAUCCAAGUCAGAACACCUCAGGAGAGAAAGAAACAAUGAAGCUUUCUGGUUUUUAUGACGGAACUCAAACAGCGGUUGAACCACCAAAUCAAAAAUGUCUUGUGUCCUUCGAGGAGGUGGGUGUGUAUUUCUCUGAGGAGGAAUGGUCUCAGCUGGAUCCUGACCAGAAAGCGCUGCAUUCGGAAGUCAUGCUUGAAAACCAUAGGAAUGUAAUCUUUCUGGGUAAUAAUGGGCAGGAGAAUCAAGAUUCCUGUGAACUGUUCCAAGUGAUCAAUGCUAAAGAUGGAAUGGAGAUGUUUAGAAUUCAAAUGGAAUUCGAAAGCCAUGAGAGAAACCAGUCAAAGAUUUGGAAUCUGGAAAGUUCAUCUUCCACUGAUGCUCCAAUGCAAGACUUUCUUGCCCAAGAAGAGAAAAUAAGGGAAACAUAUACUGGGAAAUGUGUGAAGCUAAUCAAAACUGAAUUACAUGUGAAUGAACACUAUUUAACACAAAACAAAGAAGAUGCUAUAAAAAAAGACAACGGAGUAAAUUCCAACGGCACAUUCAUUCUUUCUGUUGGUAAUAACUUCCUUACAUCUCAAAAAGUGAUUGAUACAAAUGAGAAGCCUUAUAAAUGUUUGGAAUGUGGAGCAUGUUUUAGAACAAGAAGGCAACUUACUUCCCAUGAAAGGAUUCACACUGGGAAGACACUCUACAUAUGCAAUGAGUGUGGAAAGACCUUUGCUAAUAACAAUAUACUUACUAUCCAUAAAAGGAUCCACACAGGGGAGAAACCAUAUAAAUGCAUGGAGUGUGAAAUGACUUUUGCUCAUAGCAGUAAUUUGAUUUCCCAUAAAAGGAUCCACUCAGGAGAGAAGACAUAUAAAUGCAUGGAAUGUGGAAAGACUUUUGCUCAUAGCAGUACACUUACUUCCCAUAAGAUGAUCCACACAGGGGAGAAGCCGUAUAAAUGCAUGGAGUGUGGAAAGACAUUUACUCAGAGCAGUGGACUUAGAAGACACAAAAAGCUCCACACAGGAGAGAAACCAUUUAAAUGCAUGGACUGUGGAAAGACAUUUGCUGAAAAACGUAAUCUUAUUUCCCAUAAAAGGAUCCACACAGGGGAGAAGCCAUAUAAAUGCAUGGAGUGUGGAAAGACCUUUGCUCAAAGAGGUACUCUUAUGUCCCAUAAGAUGAUCCACACGGGGGAGAAACCAUAUAAAUGCAUGGAGUGUGGAAAGACCUUUGCUAGUAGCAGUUAUCUUAUUUCCCAUAAGAUAAUUCACACAGGAGAGAAACCAUAUAAAUGCAUGGAGUGUGGAAAGACCUUUGCUCAGAGCAGUGGACUUACUAUCCACAAAAGGCUCCACACAGGGGAGAAGCCAUUUAAAUGCAUGGAAUGUGAAAAGACCUUUGCUCUAAGAAGUCAUCUUAUUUUACAUAAAAUGAUCCACACAGGGGAGAAGCCAUAUGAAUGUAUGGAGUGUGGAAAGACCUUUGCUCGAAAUGCUCAUCUUAAUUGCCAUAAGAUGAUCCAUACAGGAGAGAAGCCAUAUAAAUGCAUGGAAUGUGGAAAGAGCUUUGCUCAGAAUGGUAGUCUUACUUCUCAUAAAAGGAUCCACGCAAAUGAGAAGCCUUAUAAAUGUUUGGAAUGUGGAGCAUGUUUUAGAACAAGAAGGCAACUUAAUUCCCAUGAAAGGAUUCACAUUGGGAAGACGCUCUACAUAUGCAAUGACUGUGGAAAGACCUUUGCUAAUAGCAAUACACUUACUAUCCAUAAAAGGAUCCACACAGGGGAGAAACCAUAUAAAUGCAUGGACUGUGGAAAGACCUUUGCUCAUAGCAGUAAUCUGAUUUCCCAUAAAAGGGUCCACUCAGGAGCGAAACCCUAUAAAUGCAUAGAGUGUGGAAACACCUUUGCUCAUAGAAGUACACUUACUUCCCAUGAAAGGAUCCACACAGGGGAGAAACCAUAUAAAUGCACGGAAUGUGGAAAGACAUUCGCUCAAAGAGCUCAUCUUAUGUCCCAUAAGAUGAUCCACACAGGGGAGAAGCCGUAUCAAUGCAUGGAGUGUGGAAAGACAUUUGCUGAAAAACGUAAUCUUCUUUCCCAUAAGAUCAUCCACACAGGGGAGAAGCCAUAUAAAUGCAUGGAGUGUGGAAAGACCUUUGCUCAAAGAGGUAAUCUUAUUUCCCACAAGAUGAUCCACACAGGGGAGAAGCCAUAUAAAUGCAUGGAAUGUGGAAAGACCUUUGCUAGUAGCAGUUAUCUUAUUUCCCAUAAGAUGAUCCACACAGGAGAGAAACCAUAUAAAUGCAUGGAGUGUGGAAAGACCUUUGCUCAGAGCAGUGGACUUACUAUCCACAAAAGGCUCCACACAGGGGAGAAGCCAUUUAAAUGCAUGGAAUGUGAAAAGACCUUUGCUCUAAGAAGUCAUCUUAUUUUACAUAAAAUGAUCCACACAGGGGAGAAGCCAUAUGAAUGUAUGGAGUGUGGAAAGACUUUCGCUCGAAGUGGUCAUCUUAAUUGCCAUAAGUUGAUCCAUACAGGAGAGAAGCCAUAUAAAUGCAUGGAAUGUGGAAAGAGCUUUGCUCAGAAUGGUAGUCUUACUUCUCAUAAAAAGAUCCACGCUCGGGAGAAACUAUAUAGCAACAGCAAUUCUACUUACUUAUAUACCACUCCAGAAUGCUUUACAACCCUCUCUGAGCAAUUUACAGAGUCAGCAUAUGAUCCCCAGCAACCUGGAUCCUCAUUUUACCCACUUGAGAAGGAUGAAAGCUGAAUCAACCAUGAGUCUGUCAGAAUCACACGCCUGGCUGUGGACAAUUAGGCUGUAGUACUGCAUUCUAACCACUGACCCAUUAUGUCUCUAUAGAUUUAUAUGUCUACAUAUUGUGCCUUCAUGAUCCAAAUGAGAUAAGGUUGAAUCCAACAAAAUAAAACUUAGUGUGGAGAAAAGUAAGAUUUUACACCUGGGCAGGAAAAAGAGAUUGCAUGAAACCUAGCUCAAAAACAAUAAUUGUAAGAGGGACCUUGGGAGUCUGAAUGGAUGAUCACUUAAACAUGAGUCAUGCGUGUGUAGCAGCAGCUAGAAAACUAAUAUAAUCCUUGAAUGUAUAAAGAGA